AUGGUGCUGACGUCAGGCAAGGGUGGAGCAGGGAUGCAGGAUGUUCCUGCCCAAGGGGAGAGCGCUCCUGUCAAAGCCCCUAUUGCUUUCCCUCCUCUUGACCCGGAGCUUCUUAGCACCAUCGACAAGACCUCUGGGUAUGUUGCAAGGAACGGCAAGGCCUUCGAAGACAUGAUCCGAGAGCGCGAAGGCGCCAACCCCAAGUUCACCUUCUUGCGCGAGAAAGGGGAGGGAUGCGAAUAUUUCCGAUGGAGGGUGUACUGCCUGCAGAUGAAGUUUGAGAAGCAUGAAAUGGAUGCCAUGCUGCGAGAAGCUUUCCCUCCGCUGGGCGAGGAGGACCUCAACACUUUCAAGGAGAUGUUGACUUCGCUCACGGGAUCCAAGGAUCACAUCCGAUCGAUGCGAGCAUGGAUUAUGUCCCACGAGGAGAACGUAGAGUUCAUCUGCGAGCAUUUCCACGCGCGGAUUAUCAGCAUUAAGGAGUUCCAACCAAGGUUACACAUCGUAUAUGUCCUCAACGACGUGCUGCAUGCCUGCCUCAAGAAGCGGAUGGAUCCAUCGAUCAUCGGUGGGAGGGAGGAGCCGUUGUGUUCCUCUGCUCUCUAA